UAGUCGAGUGGCGAGAGGGAGGGCUGCAGAAACUGGGCUGGGUCUAGCUGGCACUUUAAGAAAAGAAGCUCGGCUCGGCCCCUGCACAGUCCACCCGCAGCCGGGCUGCCCGAGAGGUUUAUUAGAGGAGAGCAGAUCAGGGGCGGAAGGUGAAUCCGCGCACGUCAGUGUUUUGAGACCUUUUUUUUUUUUCCCUCACCUUCAUUCUUCUCAAGUGGGAGCUAAACAUGGGUACUGGCUUGGACAGGUUAGUCUGGUCAGUGUUUCUGCUGCUGCCAGUCCUUGGUGUCUCUGAAGCGCUUCCAGCACACUGGCAGCCAGGGAACUAUGCAAACACCACCGAAGAGGCGCUCAGGUUCCUCGAUGACUACAACAGCACCGCCGAGGAGGUGUCCUUCUCCAGCGUGUCUGCCAGCUGGAACUACAACACCAACUUAACAGAACACAACUCCAAGCUUCAGAUAGCUGCAUCUCUGGAGGAACAAGCCUUCGCUGAAGCCUGGGGUAUGAAGGCCAAGCAAGUCUUCUCUCGUCAAGGGCUUGGCUCCCUUGACCCUCAAAGCAAAAAGCUGAUGGAGAAAGUCAUGGGAAUAGGUGCUGCCAACCUUCCCCAGGUUGAAAGAGAGGAGUUUAGCACCAUUCUCAGUACGAUGGACAGUAUUUAUUCAACAGCCAAGGUGCACCCACAACCUAACAUAAGCUGGAGCCUGGAACCCCAUCUCACAGAAAUUAUGGCCAACUCCAGGAGUUACAAGAGGCUCCUGUUUGCGUGGGAGGGCUGGCACAAUGCAUCAGGUGUGCCUCUCAAGGCGCAUUAUCCCAGGUUUGUGGAGCUCAGCAACAAGGCGUCGCGUGGUGACGGGUUUGCGGACACUGGAGCUGAUUGGCGCUCAUGGUAUGAGACGCCAACAUUUGAGGAGGACAUAGAAAAACUCUAUAAGACCAUUGAGCCUCUCUACCUGAACCUGCAUGCCUUUGUCCGCCGCCAGCUCUACAAACACUAUGGUCCCAAAUAUAUCAACCUCAAAGGACCAAUCCCUGCUCACCUGUUGGGAAAUAUGUGGGCCCAAACUUGGAACAACAUUUACGAUAUGAUGAUCCCAUAUCCUGACAGACCCAACCUGGAUGUGACGAAUGCGAUGCUCAAACAAGGCUACAAUGCCACACACAUGUUUCAUGUGGCUGAAGAUUUCUUCACAUCCCUGGGGUUGAAGGAAAUGCCUACGGAGUUCUGGGAAGAAUCCAUGCUUGUUAAGCCUGAUGACCGAGAGGUUGUGUGCCACGCGUCUGCCUGGGACUUUUACAACCGCAAAGACUUCAGGAUUAAACAGUGCACUACGGUGACGAUGGAACAACUCUCCACUGUACACCACGAGAUGGGCCACAUCCAGUAUUACCUGCAGUACAAGGACCAACCUGUGGGUUUCCGCCGUGGAGCCAACCCUGGUUUUCAUGAAGCAAUUGGGGAUGUUUUGUCUCUUUCCGUUACAACACCCAAGCAUCUGCACACCAUUGGACUGCUCGACUCUGUGACUGCUGACCCUGAAACUGACCUCAACUACCUGCUGAAGAUGGCGCUGGAGAAGAUAGCCUUCCUUCCCUUUGGCUACCUCAUUGACCAAUGGAGAUGGAGUGUGUUUAGUGGACGCACCCCUCCGGAGCGCUACAACUCUGAGUGGUGGUACCUCAGAACAAAAUAUCAAGGAAUCUGCCCACCCACCGCACGUACAGAGGAGCACUUUGAUCCUGGAGCAAAAUACCACAUCCCUGGUAACACACCAUACAUCAGGUAUUUUGUCAGUUUCAUUCUACAGUUCCAGUUUCAUGAAAAACUAUGCCAGGCGGCCAAUCACGUAGGCCCUCUGCAUACAUGCGACAUCUACCAAUCUAAAGAAGCGGGAGCCAUUUUACAGAAAGUCCUUCAGGCUGGGUCUUCCAAACCUUGGCCUGAUGUGCUGCAGGACGCUAUAGGCACCAGGGAGAUGGAUGCUACUUCACUAAUGAGAUAUUUUGAACCUGUAAUUAAGUGGCUGGAAGAACAAAAUGUGAAUGAAACUUUAGGAUGGCCUGAAUUCAACUGGGUCCCACCCAUCCCUGAGGGUUACCCUGAAGAUAUUGACAAAAAUACAGACGAGCUUCAUGCAAAGACAUUCCUGAAAGAGUACAACUCCACAGCUGAAGUGGUGUGGAAUGCGUACACAGAGGCCUCCUGGAAGUACAACACGGACAUCAAUGAUGCUAAUGAGGCGGCCAUGCUUGAGAAAAACCUGGCAAUGUCAGCGCACACCCUGGAGUAUGGACUGAAGGCUCGCCAGUACGACACCACUGAUUUCCAGGAUGUUUUGGUCAAACGCAUAAUUGAAAAACUCAGUGACAUUGAAAGGGCAGCACUCUCCUCAACAGAGCUGGUGGAGUAUAACACACUUUUGUCUAACAUGGAGAAGAAGUACAGUGUGGCUGAGGUUUGCCGAGCUAAUGGCACAUGCCAUCCUUUGGAUCCAGAUCUCCAGAAAAUCAUGGCGGAGUCCAGAGAUUAUGAUGAAUUGUUAUUCGCCUGGAAAGGAUGGAGAGAUGCUGCUGGCAAAGUACUUCGUCCGGAGUAUGAAAGAUAUGUUAAACUGGCCAACAAAGCUGCAACACUCAAUGGUCACUCUGAUAAUGGGGCUUUCUGGCGGUCCCUGUAUGAAACCCCAACGUUUGAAGAAGACCUGGAAAGUCUGUGGAAGGAACUAGAGCCGCUCUAUCAGAACGUCCACGCCUAUGUACGCAGGGCUCUGUACAAGAAAUAUGGUGGCAAAUACAUUAACCUAAAGGGACCCAUUCCUGCUCAUUUACUGGGCAACAUGUGGGCACAGUCAUGGUCUGGCAUCAUGGAUUUGGUCAUGCCGUACCCAGAUGCCACGCAAGUUGAUGCCACGCCGGCCAUGCUGGCACAGGGCUGGAAUGCCACCAGGAUGUUUCAGGAAUCAGACAGAUUUUUUACUUCUUUGGGUCUGCUGCCAAUGCCACAGGAAUUCUGGGACAAAUCCAUGCUAGUAAAACCUGAUGGACGCCAGGUGGUGUGCCACGCUUCUGCAUGGGACUUCUAUAACCGAAAAGACUUCAGAAUAAAACAGUGCACUGUUGUGACAAUGGACGACCUGAUCACCGUGCACCAUGAAAUGGGCCAUGUACAAUACUUCCUGCAGUACAAAGACCAGCCUGUGUCCUUCCGUGAUGGAGCCAACCCGGGCUUCCACGAGGCCAUCGGUGAUGUGCUCGCCUUGUCAGUUUCCACACCCAAACAUCUGCAGAGCAUUGGCCUCCUGGACAAAGCUGAGAACAACCAUGAGAGUGACAUCAACUUUCUGAUGAGCAUGGCACUUGACAAGAUUGCCUUCCUACCUUUUGGCUACCUGAUGGACCAGUGGCGGUGGAAGGUAUUUGAUGGACGUAUCCCACCAACGGAGUAUAAUAAAGAAUGGUGGAACCUCAGAAUGAAGUACCAAGGACUGUGUCCACCUGUGGACCGCGCUGAAGAUGACUUUGACCCAGGUGCAAAGUUCCACAUCCCUGCAAAUGUUCCCUACGUCAGGUAUUUUGUUAGCUUCAUCGUUCAGUUUCAGUUCCAUAAAGCUCUGUGUGACGCUGCAAACCAUGUUGGGCCUCUGCACACCUGUGAUAUUUACAAAUCUCAAGAAGCUGGAAAGUUGUUGGGUGAUUUGAUGAAGCUUGGUUUCAGCAAACCGUGGCCUGAAGCCAUGGCCAUGAUUACUGGCCAGUCCAAAAUGACUGCCCAACCCCUCAUGGAUUAUUUCCAACCUCUCAUCCAAUGGCUGGAGGAGGAGAACAACAAGAACAAAGAUGUUCGUGGAUGGCCCGAGUACAACUGGAAACCUUCAACUUCUGCAGUUGAAGAACCUAAGGAUGAUGUUAAUAAAGUGCACUUCCUUGGGAUGAGUGUGGACAGCGCAGCUGCCGUAGCUGGCCAGUGGGUCUUGUUGGUCAUCGGUGUGGUCCUCUUGCUGGCCACCAUCCUGCUCCUCUACAAGUACAGGAAGUCAAAAAAGCCUGGAAAGUCUUCGUCCACAAUGGAACUCAGGCAAAAAGACUAGAUGGUGGUGGUGAUGGCUGAAGGCCCGACUUACUGUAACUACCAGAAAACCAACCUCAAUGUGAGCAUCAAUAUUUUUAUGUACUUCUCAACUUCAGAACAAAUUUUCUCUUGGGACACUCCAUAUCGGUUUUCUUUAUUUUAUUAUUUUUUUUAAUUUCCCCUACCUCAUCUUUUUUUCAUACUUAAUUUAUACUUUUUUCUCAACUGCUUAGUUGUGUUUUUUAACUGCCUGAAAUUGCCCCAACGUAAUACAAAAUACAGCACUUUUUUAAAGUCGUGCCGAUUUGGUUACAUAAUACCACGUCAUCACAUUUAGACAGAAUUGGGGAAAAAGAGCUUUAUGCUUAUUUUUCUUUUCAUGUCAUGGUGACAUUUAUGUAACGUCUAAGUGUACAUAAACAUUUUACCAUUCAGUCUUGAAUAGUACAUAUUGUACAAGUAAUUUAAAUGUUGGCAUUUAAAAUGAUUAUUGAAAUGUACAGUAUUAUAGUCAGUACUAUAGUAUUGCAAGAGUAUUUCUCUGCUUUUUGUUCCACAUGUGACUUGUUUUUUUUCCCUUUUAAUAUGCACAAUGGGGCAUUUUCUUACCUGAGUUAUGUUCUUGCCAGUGUUGAAUUACAACACUGUUGGUCUUAAAACUUCACAAAUACCCACAAAUGUUUGUUCUAGAUGAAAAGAAAACUCAAAUUUGUUGUUAAGUGUGUGCUUAUGGACGAGAUCCAGGUUCACACCACAUCCUUAGAAAGUCCAAUCUGAUGCACCUAACAUAUCAAAAUAAAUCUGUUGUGAUAUAUCAUUCUCAUAAGGUUUGUAUAUUUCUUUAGUUAUAACUGGCAUAUUAAUAUUUUUUACAUCAAUAAAACAAUCAAAAAACUGAGGUAAAACUUGUUGACAUUGAUCCUUGAGUGGCCCUCUUGUUUUUUGUCUAUCGUACAUUUACUUGUUCUGCUAGUUUUGUAUAUUUGCUGUAUACACUUAGACUAAAUGUGUUGUUUUUUUUGUCUAUGCUAAAGAAAAUGUCAAUUUUUGUAAUUUAUUUGUAAUAAUUGAAUGUUAAUGGAGUAAAUGUUUUAAAAUGAA